AUGUCCUGUGUGCACUAUAAAUUUUCCUCUAAACUCCACUACGACAUCGUCACCUUUGAUGGGCUCCAUAUCUCCCUCUGCGACUUAAAGAAGAAGAUUAUGAGCAGAGAAAAGCUGAAAGCUACCCAUAGCGAUCUGCAGAUCAGCAACGCACAGACGAAAGAAGACUAUCCUGAGGAUACUGCGCUCAUUCCUAAAAAUUCAUCUGUAAUUGUCAGAAGAAUUCCUGCGGCAGGUGUGAAGUCCACAAGCAGGACCUAUGUUAAAAGUCGAAGUGAACGAGGGAUGGGAACUACAAAAGCAAUCGAUGGCUCUCCUGCGUCUAUUUCUCUGGCCCAGCUUACAAGGACCGCCAAUCUGGCUGAAGCCAAUGCUGCCGAGGAAGAUAAAAUCCAAGCAAUGAUGGCGCAAUCUGGCCAUCGAUACGACCCAGUCAACUACACGAAGAAAGCUGUAGGUCCACCACCUCCAUCUUAUACCUGCUUUCGUUGCGGCAAGCCUGGCCAUUAUAUUAAGGAUUGCCCAACAAACGGGGAUAAGGACUUUGAACCUGGCCGUAGGAUCAAAAGGAGCAGUGGAAUUCCCACAAGUUUUAUGAUGGAAGUGAAGGAUCCCAGCAUAAAAGGCGCGAUGCUUACGAACACUGGAAAAUACGCAAUACCAAAGAUAGAUGCAGAGGCCUAUGCAAUUGGGAAGAAAGAGAAGCCACCCUUCUUGCCAGAGGAGCGGUCAUCGUCAUCAUCUUCAGACGAUGAUCCUAUCCCAGAGGAGCUUCUGUGCCUCAUCUGCAAGGACCUUAUGACUGACGCUGCUCUCAUCCCCUGCUGUGGAAACAGUUACUGUGAUGAGUGUAUCCGGACGGCACUCCUGGAGUCGGAUGACCAUACAUGUCCAACGUGUCAGCAAAACGAAGUUUCUCCUGAUGCCUUGACGGCCAACAAGUUUUUACGGCAGGCUAUUGAGAACUUCAAAAACGGGACUGGCUAUCCAAUAAGACUGCGACAACAGGUACGGCCACCCCCACGCCCAUUACCACCACCAAGACCACGCGCCCAGCGGACCCCGCAGCCUCUGAUGAGGUCUCCAAUAUCAAGACAGCAGGAUCCUUCCAUGACUCCAGGGGCGUCUUCCUCCUCUCGUCGUCCAACUCCCUCCGUAGCGUCGUCGUUCCCUUCAAAUCCAUCUUGCUUGGCUCCUCCUGUGCCUGGAAAUCCGUCUCCUGCCCCAGCUCCAGGACCCGAUAGAACUGCAGCAGCGACUGUCUCGGUCCAUUCGGAAAAGUCAGAGGGCCCUGUCCGGGAUUCUGAUACUAAAUUAUCGCCAGCUGCCGCCCUCGCAUGGGAACACUCGGAGGGAGCCUGCUCAAUGGCAAGCGCUGCACUCGUGGGAGGGUGGAAGGGUCACCGAGUGCCUGCCCUUGGAGCUCCAUCAUUGCUGGGACAGUCACCAUCAGGUGGACAGCUGAUCCCCACAACCGGUCCAGUAGGAAUAAAUACUGCUCGUCCAGGUGGUGGUCCACCAGGUUGGGGACGUUCCAACAAACUCGGCUACCCGGUUUCUCCGCCACAGCCCAUUAGAAGAGGGGAAAGAAAUUGUUACAGAAGUAUCAACCGCGGGCGACGCCACAGCGAAAGAUCACAGGGCCCUCAAGACCCGUCACUACCGGCAACUCCAGUCUUUGUACCCGUACCACCGCCUCCUUUGUAUGCGCCGCCUCCCGAUGCGCUCCCUCUUCCUCCGGGUGUACCUCCCGCACAGUUUUCUCCUCAGUUUCCUCCUGCAGGAUCUCCCGCAGCUCUCGCCAACAUAUCAACGCUUUGGGUUUCGUCAGGGGCUCAGACUGCUCAUUCAAACGCCCUCCCUACCGCGCAAGCACCACCUGUGACCAGGGAAGAAUUCUAUAGAGCGCCACCACAACUAAAGGGAGGGUCUACAUCGCCCUCUAGUGGUUCAUCGUAUUCAAGAAGUUCAUACCCUUGCUUGAAAUCAAGAUCUGGCUUGACAAGGUCAGGCUCUUGCUCUCGAUCCUUCAGCCGCUCACACUCUCGCUCCCUUUCACCAUCACCCCCAUACCCGAGGAGAGGCAGAGGCAAGAGCCGCAAUUUUCGUUCACGGUCCAGAUCUCGCGGACGUGGUGAUCACCGAUCGAGGUCAAGGUCGCCUCCACAUAGACAUAGACGUUAUCGUGCAAGAUCUCCUCAAGCCUUUGGGGGUCAGUCUCCCAGGAAGCCGAAUGGACAUCAAGGAGAAACAGAACGUCAGUAUUUUAAUAGAUGCAGAGAAGUUCCACCCCCUUAUGGCAAUAAAGCCUGUUCCGGACCGAGUGUCGAAAGGAGAGACCCAUUUGAGAAAGAACGCUACCACCGAGAACCGGAGAGGGAAUACCGAGAGUGGUACCGGAAGUACUACAAAGGAUAUGCUGUGGGGGCACAGCCGAGGCCCGCUGCUGACAGAGGGGGCUUCUCUCCAGAAAGGCUUAAACCUCCUACUGUCAGAAAUCCACCCUUCCCUGGGGGGCGCAGAGACGACUGUCGUGCUGGACGAAGUCACAGAACUAGAAAUCUAGGUGGCAGCUAUCCAGAAAAGCUGUCAUCGAGAGAGAAUCACAAUCGGAAAGAUAAUGCAGAAGCACAGGAGUGGGAGAACGUUGCCGGCGACGAUAAAGGAAACAAGCCCGAGAAACACAGAAAAGGAAGAAAGGGGGAGGAGAGUGAGAGCGUCCUGGCCCACGAGCUGUUAGAGCCUUCCGGGACAUCCAGAGAGUCAUCUCGUGCUGAUGACACUAAGACAGAAACACUCGUUUUCCUCCCAAGGAGAGAGGAUGCUACCCCUGUUAGGGAUGAACCCAUGGGAGCAGAAUCUGUCACUUGCGAAUCAGUAUCUGAAAGAGACAAGAGAGAAAACGGUAAGCCAAACCGAAAGAGUGAUGAGACCAAACGGAAAAGCGAUGGCUCUGCUCAAGCCAAGAAAGAAAAAGUUUUAAGACCUUCUAAAGGACCCCAAGACAAAGAAGACGGGGAGCCUGGAAAAGCUCCUUGGUCCGAACCUCCACUUAAAAACGCCAAAGAAGACGGUGCAAAGACCGGCUCUGCAAAAGCGUCACCAUCAUUUCAGAAGGAUGACGAUGUCACCGGAACUCCCAGAAGAGCCCACUCUAAAUCUGUAAAGGGACACCUCGAGACAGAGCCAGUCAAGAAGGAGAAGGUGACAAGGGACUCUACCAAAGACAUCCAGCCAGAAAAGCCGGCUGGUGAGGAUGAAAAGGCCAAGAAGCCUGAGAAAAGCACACUACUUGUUCACAAGGGAGGAAAAAGAAAGAGGAAGGCGGAGGAAAAGAAUAGAGAUGAAGAUUUUGACGAGCGAAAUAAAAAAGAGAAAGAGCGGCUCCUGAAGAUCAAGCGAAACACUGGGCCUCGUGGACCGAACAACUUCUGGAUUCUUGGACUUUCCGGCCUGGUCUUUGUAGACAAGAGUUACCUCGGAGCCCCGGGGCCACCUUCAGGCCCACACUUCAGGCCGAGACCCCUGGGCCCCAGAGCUGCUGCAAUCGUCAGCCGUCAGCAGGGUGCCUAG